ACGUUCCGACGAGGGCUCUGGCACUGGAUCCCCUCACCAGGCUUUCGAACUUAUCUAGAAUUCACUAGUCACGCCUGGAGCGUCAUGACGUCACUUUUAACAAUGAGCAUGCAAGGGCGAACCUUUCAAACAGGCGUACAUUGAAGCAACUUUCACUUUCGUGAUGUCUUCACAUGGCGACGUUGAUCUCUUAGUUGCCGAUAUUCAAGAUGCGAACGUUGAAUCUGGAUGUACGUUCCGCAGCAUAAUGUCCCGGGUUACCAGCUAUAGCCCGGCCAUUGUCAUUCUCGAGAACGUAUGUUCUGGGUGCAAGAGAAGUUUCCACGGACACAGCACGACCUUUUCCCGUGUCGAUAUCAAACAGUGCUAUAUUCCCCAUAUGCGUACCAGAAUACAUCUGAUCGCAGUCAACAAGAAGAACUCUGCUAUUCCCGACGAGUGGAAGGACUGCGUUACAAUCAAGCUCGGGCGGCCCAGUGGAUCCUCCACUUUGGACGCCUUUUUGUUGGCUUCUGACCAUUCUCGUAUACAUCAUGCGCGCCAAAAGCUUAUGCAGGAGGGUCAUAAUGCCCUUCAUCGACGCACGGGACGGACCAAUUGGAGUCUCAGCAUCGACAAGUAAGAAUUAAGGAGGUUCUCCUAAUAUUCAAUCAAUCCACUGUUAGGUGACUUCCACAAACAUCCGGAUUUCGCUUGGGGAGACUGAGACAUCGAGCAAGCAGAAAGGGUUUGAAUGC